AUGCCGCCCUUUUCGACGUAUGCGGCGCAGUUCCUUGCGCAACGCGCGCAAGCGCCCGAGAUAGAGAAAGAGGUGUUGAGCGGGGUGCCUUCGGACUCGGACGACGAGCCAGGAAGCGACCUGACGCGCUGGCACCAGACGCAGACGAUGGCGGCGCUCGGGCCGUCGGACGUCCUUGCAUCGUACGCGGAUCCCCAUGAUCCGUUCCUGGCGGAGCCAGAAUCGCUCGCGUCGAGCAUGCACGAGCCGCCGAAACGCGUAUCGCUCGAAGAGAGCGACGCGGACUCGGAGUCGUCGCUUGCGGGGCGCAACGGCGUGCGCGCGCGGCGUGCGCGCCACCAGCUCUCGUCGCUGCUCAUGUCGUACACGGGCGUACGGAGCACACGCAGCGAGUGGACGCCCCCGGCGGACCUGUACGCACCACUCAUGCACGAUACCCACGCGCCGCUCGCGUCGCAGGAGCUCGAGGAGCUCGAUCUGAACUCGACGCGCGCUUCGCUCGCGUACCCGGUGCGCGCGCUCCCGGUGAGCGACGAAGGGCGCACUGUGCCGAUACACAAGUGGCACGAUCUUCCGAGCCUCGUGCUCUUUCUCGCGACACUCGCCGCGGCGCUCCUCCUGGACACGCUGGCGAUCGUGUACGCGCCGCCGCUCGGUGUCGAGCCGGCACUACGGCCAUCACCGUACUAUGUGCUCUCGCGCUCCGUGCCGAUGCUCGUGCUGGUCAUCCUCGGCUCGCUGGCGGCUGCGGCGCUCUUUGUACAUACCUUGCAGCGCGCGCUCGCAUGGGGCGCCGCGCGCCUCGUGCAUGCCGGCAUGCUCCUCACGCCGGGCCUCCUUGGCCUCGCGUGGGCCUGGGCAUUUGCAGGGAGCUUUUUGUACGACGAAGAGGGGCGGUACGGAGGAGGUUGGAGCACGACAGGCCUGCGCCUCCUUUCUUUACUGCCGUUGGUCUGUGCGCUGCGCCUCGGCGUGCACGUCUAUCGCAACGAGAUCGACGCACACGCCGCGCGGCUCGAACGGGGCCUGCAGUUUGUGCUCGACACGCAGCGUGCGCUCCUUCUUCCGCUGGCGGGGGCGAUGCUCUCGACGCUGUGCAUCGCUGCCCUCUUUCUUACGCUCCUCGCGCAGCUCUUCCUGGUCGGCCAGCUGCACACGCGGCCGGCGGGCCUCGUAUGGUCGACCAGCACCGAGGCAUGCAUUCUCCUGGGCCUCACCGUAGGGACAUGGCUCUGGGCCACGUCCAUCGUCCAGGGCGUCCUCACGGUGACCGUCGCGGGGGCCGUGCGCGACUGGCACCAGGCAACGCUCGAUAUCGACGCGCCGGUGCCCGCCGCCUUGCCGACACUCGACGAGCCGGCACACCGCGCAGCGGUCCGUGCAUCGCUGCCGCUCCUCGGCAGCGUAUGCGCCGUGACGCUCUGGACGAGCGCCGCGCGGUUUUUCGCGGCGGUCCUUGCCGCGGUACGAGCGGUGUGUGGCGCGUACCGCUGGGCGCUCGGCGUGCGCGACGCGCCGCUCCCGGCGCCACUGGCACGCCUUGCAACGCUCGGCGCAGACUCGCUCCUCGCGCGCGCCGAUGCGUGGGGCGCCCAGGUCCUGGUCCUGGUCGGCGUCACGGAAUCGGACGCGUGGAGCGCGGCACGGACCUCGUGCCUGCGGCAGCCGACAGCCAGAGGAUCGAUGCGCUCGCAGUUGGUAAUGGACUCGAUGGCAAUUCGGUGCACGUUUGACGGGUCGAACGAGGUCGGGGUGUAUGCGUGCCUGACGGACACGUACUGCCUCGUCGCGGCCGAUCCACCGAGCGACUUUCUCGAGGGGCUGCGUACGGGCCUCGGUGCUGCGUUUCCGAUCGUACCAUGCACGAUUGCGGGCUCGCGCCACAUCGGCGAGAUGGCCGUUGGGAAUGAACAUGGCUUGCUAACUAUGGCAUGGCGGUGCGCCGAAAUUCACCUGAAUGGUUCUUUAGCUGACCCUUCCGACCGACAUCGUUAG